AUGUCUUGCAGAGGAUUGGUUUCAAAAAGAUCUCUUUCAACUGCAAGUAAAGCCAUUAAGGGAACUGUUCAAGAGAUUAAGCAAACCGAUGCGACUCUACCAUCAAACUCCACAAUAUUUUCAUUGAUUCAACCAACAGGUAAAAUCCAUUUGGGGAAUUAUUUAGGAGCAGUUAAAAGUUGGAGAACAUUAUCGGAAUCUAAUACUGAUCCAACAAAUAAGUUUAUUUAUGGUAUUGCAGAUUUACAUGCUAUAACCAUUCCUAAGAAUCCUCAAGAAUUGAAAGAUUAUAGAUAUAAUGCCAUUGCUAGUUUAUUAGCUAGUGGAUUAGACACAUCAAAAUGUAUUUUAUUUUUUCAAAGUAGUGUUCCUGAACAUGCUGAACUUAAUUGGUUUCUUACUUGCUUGACAAGUAUGGGUGCAUUGAAUAGAAUGACUCAAUGGAAAUCAAAAGCUCAACAACUGGAAUCAAGUUCUAUAUUUGAAGAUAAUGUAUUGGAAAAGACAAAAGCUGGUUUAUUUUGUUAUCCUGCAUUACAGGCAGCUGAUAUUUUAUUAUAUAAAUCAACUCAUGUUCCUGUUGGUGAUGAUCAAUCUCAGCAUUUAGAAUUGUGUCGUAAUAUUGCAAGAACAUUCAAUAGUACUUUCAACACUGAUUAUUUCCCACUUCCUAAUACUUUAUUAACUCCUGCUAAAAAAGUUUUAUCAUUGAAAAAUCCUGCUAAGAAAAUGUCCAAAUCUGACCCAGUGGCAACUUCAUGUGUUUAUGUUACUGAUUCACCAAGUGAUAUUGAAUUGAAAAUCAGAAAAGCAACUACUGAUUCCAUUCAAGGAGCUAUUUACUAUGAUCCAAUCGAACGUCCUGGUGUCUCUAAUUUGAUCAAUAUUGUAUCUGGUUUAACAAAUAAAUCAAUUGAUGAAGUUGUAGAAUCAUUGAGUCACGUGACCAACCAUAAACAAUUGAAGGAUUAUGUUACAUCAGUUAUUAUUGAAGAGUUUGAUCCAAAGAGACAAUUGUAUGAAGAAUUGAUGAAAGAUAGAAGUUAUUUAGAACAGAUUUGUUCACAAGGAAGGGAUACAGCUAGAGAAAUAGCACUGGCUAAUUUACAAGAAGUUAAAGUGAUUAUGGGAUUAGAUUAG